AUGAAUAGCAGUGAAUUCGCGUCCAUCAGAUUCGGGGUUGUUCCCUCCUUGGAAAUCGAACCAUGCAGUAUCUGCCUAGAUGGAUACCCACCCCAGGGCAUUGGUGCCACCCACGCAGUCUGCCAACACACCUUCCACAUCCGCUGUCUCGAAGCCUGGGCCCGCACACAGUUCAACAAGCGCCAACCAACCACCUGUCCCAUGUGCCGAGGUGAGCUCGAUACUCCACACUCCCACGCACGCUUCAACUCUCAACUCACAGAUUACGAACUCGAGCAGGGUCUAGCGCGAAUUGAGUAUCAGAGACGGCUGUGGAGCCGGCCUCGACCACACACUCUUCGUGAGGAUGCUGUGUCGUCUGCCCGUCACGAAUCGUCAGAUGGCGCCGCUGCUUCCAGCAGCAGUGACGGUAGCGGUGAUCCACGCGGCUAUGGUGCAAUCGACAGCAUGGAGUUCUCAGAUUCGAGGGUCAGAGAUGCUCUUCAUGGAAGAAGCCCAGACGGUGAUGAUCAAUUGUCAACGACCAGCAGUGAUCUUGCCAUGGGCAUUUCAUUCUGGGCGUGUGGGGUUGGCGCUUUGUGGGGAUGGUUCACGGCAGACAUACGCUAG